AUGAACCUCACUUCCAAGCAAAUCUUAACCCUCCUGAUCUCUAAUUUCAUUGUUCUGCAACAUGCCAGUGCCUGGGUGUUGGAUAAACGCUGCGACGACCUAGGGUAUGGAGAUCUUGUACGACGAGGCAUGGCCAAGGCCCUUGACAUGGCACAAGCGGCCCAAGACACAUUACAGGCCCUUAAAGAUGGUACUCAUAACGAGGCCCAAAUGGAUCUUUUCGAGUACAUGUUUUCGUUUGCCGUUGAGGGCAACGGUAAUAACCGACGCCUUAAAAUGGACGAGUGGGAAAGGAUCGUGAAUACGUACACUGAGGUUUUGAAAUUUGCACCAGUUCGACAACCAGAUGAAGACAUACCGACGACCGAGGUCGUUAUUUAUUGUGACUAUUCGCGCUAUAUUGAAGGCCAAAGCUGCAGCGGCAAGAAGAAGAGAAACCUUGCCUGCGACAAAGACACCAGUCUCACCAACAAAAUUAACUUUGUUUGGAGACAGUGCAAGAGCACCGUGGCCAUGGUUCCUGCGAUGGCUCUAACAUCGUCGAAUGGAAGUCGCAGGUUUGCUCAGAUGGACUUGUGUGGUUGGUACCUGAGGUUUGUUUCGACAUCGAAGAAACAAUUCUGGAGUGACAUCAGCGCCAAGUCAAUCCUGGCAAAACCGCUACAUGAAGUUUUCAAUGCUAGAUAUCUCCGCAGCGAAAUGGAUGCAAGUGCUCUGCUUGAUCAUACAAUUCUACAUGAAUUGACACAUGCGUUAUCUCAAGACGAUACGGACGACGUCGGCGGCAUGCGAAGCUAUGGUUGGAGACGCUCUGUAGAGAUAGGAAAGACUUCCAAGUUUUGGAGAAAUGCCGACAACUAUGCCUACUUUGGUCUAGCCGCCAGAAUGAUUAGUCCCCGUGAUGGAACUUCUGCAGCUCGCCCAAAUAAAGAUGGUUCAACAUCCGCUCUUACCGUGGCAAGUGAGCAGCUGCUAUAG